ACCAGUUUGAGCGCAUUGCAGUCUAAGCAUUCAACCAGGCUUGAAAAAACGAAUAACUGGCUCUGACACUAAAGAAGGGAAAAGACCACAAAUCUGACACGAUAUUGCUGAAGACAUGUUUCCCAUGGACCCUGUGACCAUUCUUGUCUCCAUCGUUGUCAUCCUUUUCUUGGUCAAAGUUUACAACAGCCAGAAGCAGGAAAAAGGCAAAAACCUCCCUCCAGGACCCAGACCUUUCCCCCUCAUUGGAAGUAUUCACCUAAUUGACCUAAAGAAACCCCACAUAUCCUUUAUGGAGUUGUCCAAGCAGUAUGGUCCAGUAUACACCAUCCAAUUAGGAAUGUCAAAGACGGUUAUUAUGUGCGGAUAUGAUGCUGUAAAAGAAGCUCUAAUUAACCACGCAGAUGAAUUUGCUGACCGACCAAAAAUGCCAUUGUUUUAUAAGAUUGAAAAGGAUCAUGGCAUUGUCUUUUCCAAUGGAGAAAGCUGGAAGGCAAUGAGAAGAUUCACUCUAUCAACUCUACGGGAUUAUGGAAUGGGGAAGAAAGGUAUAGAAGACAAGAUUAAUGAGGAAGCUGAAUUCUUAGUGCAAACAUUUAGAUCCUACGGAGGGAAGCCCUUUGAUAAUCGGAUCCUUCUUAAUGCUGCUGUAGCUAACAUAAUAGUUUCCUUGCUGCUAAAUAGCAGGUUUGAAUACGACGAUCCAACCUUGUUAAACCUCAUGCACCUUGUAAAUGAAAAUAUAAGACUCAUGGGGACACCUAUGGCCAGGCUGUAUGACAUGUUCCCUACGUUGAUAGAUCCUCUACCAGGAGCCCACCACACAAUUGCUGAAAAUACAGAAAAACUGCAUGAUUUUAUGAGACAAACAUUUACCAAGCAGAGGAAAGACCUUGAUGUAAAUUAUCACAGAAAUCUUAUUGAUGCUUUCCUGGCAAAACAGCAAGAGGGAAAGCCAGAAUCGACACUGUAUUAUCAUGAUGACAACCUAAUUGCCCUGGUGGCCCAACUGUUUGGUGCUGGAAUGGAAACUACAUCCACUACGCUAAGAUGGAGCCUCCUGAUCAUGAUUAAAUACCCAGAAAUUCAAGAAAAAGUGCAAAAAGAAAUUGAAAAAGUUAUAGGCACAGCCCAACCAAAGCUAGAACACAGAAAGCAAAUGCCCUACACUGAUGCUGUUGUGUGUGAAGUUCAGCGCUUUGGCGAUAUUGCCCCAACUAACCUUCCACAUGCAACAACUUGUGAUAUCACUUUCAGAGGCUAUUUGAUUCCAAAAGGAACCACUAUUGUUCCAUUGUUGUCCUCCAUAUUGAAAGACAAAGCUUACUUUGCAAAGCCUGAUCAGUUUUAUCCAGAACAUUUUCUUGAUGCAGAUGGAAAGUUCAAUAGGAACGAUGCAUUCAUACCCUUCUCAGCAGGUAAGAGAAGUUGUGCCGGGGAAGGUUUGGCCAAAAUGGAGCUGUUCCUCUUCUUUACCACACUGCUGCAAAACUUCACAUUCAAGGCUCUACCUGGAACUGUUGUGGACCUCACUCCUGCACUGGGGUCUACAAAUGCUCCUUUGCCUCAGGAUAUCUGUGCUAUACCGCGCAACUAAAAUCUCCCUCCAAGAUCAUUUGAUGGCGUGCUUCUUCAUCCACACAACAGGAGUGACAGCAAUAUCUUCAUAACAAAUUUGAAGUAUCCAAAAACAAGAUUAUGUUUUUGAAUAUUGCUGUACAUUACCCAAAUUGUGUUUUGGAAAAGAUGAUUGUUGCAAUAAUUAUUGGAUUUUCUGCGGACUGUUGUCAUAGGUAGACAAAUCGUAGAAACCAGGUGGCCAAUGUGUCUGGCAAUACCAGCUGAUACCUAACUUUUUGAACAUUUAUUAUUAGCCAAAAUGUCACAGAGAAGAUAGAGAGAAAUGUAUAAGAUGAUAACAUCUUAACAACUUCAACAGUACACUUCAGCAUUGACAUUUUUGUUUUAUGUUUUGUAAAUAUGUGUUUUUAUUAUGAGAACGUUCUUAAUUCUUAGAUUCUUACCUAAAUGAGGAUGAUGCUAUUCUUCACCACCUCUUGGAAACACUCUUGGAAACACUCCACACAAAUGUCAUCAGCUCCAAGAAAGCAGGGGAAAAAGCUAGUCAUUGAUGACAUAAAAAAGUAAAUGGUAGCACAGAAGUGUAGAGCCUGGAGUGGGCAGGAAAAUGGGGUCUUGAAUUGUCUGAAAUGAGAUCUGGGCCAGAAGUAAGUCUAUUUGGCUUAAUAGAUAAAAGUGGAUUUCAUAAUCCCAGAUAGCAGGCAAUUGUGCUGCAAGUUUGAAAAUUACUUGCUACGCUAUUGCUAGAUUUGCCAGGCUUCACACGAGUCCGCAUUGCAUGAAUCCAUUUCAACUUUCUGUCAGGAACCAUAAAUCUUUUGGAGACAGAAAAUGCAGUAAAAAUCACAUCAUUUAAUAUAGUGGUAAAAAUGGUUCAAAUAGUAAAGGCAGUCAAAACAUAGCCAGGGUUCGGUAAUCAAAUUGGUUAGUCUGAACAAGCCAGGAAAUCAGGGAGCCAGAGAUCAGCGUAGUCAGAGCAGCAGGCAGAAGCAGAAGGGACAUCAGCCAGGCAAGUCUUCAACAGGAACACAGCAGAGAGUGUCUAGAUAUAUCAAGCAUAGAAUAAAUUGGAGAGGGUGCCAACUCCCGUAAAAACAAAAAGUCAAAAGUGUUAGGAUAGGGGUGUGGAGUUGAAUAUGCAGCACUUCCACUUUUGAGUGAAGGUAUGCUAUAAGUCCUUUUUUUUUUGCUAAAUGUAACUCUUUUUUGCAUUUACACUCACUGGCCACUUUAUUAGAUACGCCUUGCUAGUACCGGGUUGGACCCCCUUUUGCCUUCAGAACUGCCGUAAUUCUUUGUGACAUAGAUUUAACAAGUUGUUGGAAACAUUCAUCAGAGAUUUUGGUCCAUAUUGACAUGAUGGCAUCAUGCUGAAGAUUUGUCGGCUGCACAUCCAUGCUGCAAAUCUCCACAUCCCAAAGGUGAUAAGAUUGGGUGACCGUGGAGGCCAUUGAAGUACAGUAAACUUAUUGUCAUGUUCAAGAAACCAGUUGGAGAUUUGAGCUUUGUGCCAUGGAGUCAUCAGAAGAUGGGUACACUAUAGUCAUUGAGGGAUGUGCAUGGUCAGCAACAAUACUCACAUAGGCUGUGGCUUUUAAACGAUGCUCGAUUGGUACUAAGGGGCCCAAAGUGUGCCAAGAAAAUAUCCCCCACACCAUUACACCACCAUCCAGAACAAAACUUCCCCUAAAAGAUUCACAGUAUCGGGGACCCAUAGUGUGAAUCUAUAGUACAUCUACAUUGGAUCCCAGAUAACUGCCCCAGGUUCUAUUAUUUGUAUGAAAGGGGGCUGACUUAUGUAGUUAGGCCUCCAAUCGUGAUCCUAGCUAGGCCAACCAAUGGGACGUCAGCAUAGAGAGAUAUACUCGACUGCAGUGGGAAAGGGAAUUCACUUUAUGGAAGCAUCACUUGAUGGAAGGAUGACUUUGAUGGACACCUGACCUAAAAGGAUGAGUCUUAGUAAAAGGGUAACUAUGGUAUAGGCAUGUAUACUUACAUGUCGCAACUGCACACGCUUGUAAUCUAAUGUUUUAGAGGAAUAUGCUCUAGAUUCCUUCAUGUAAAUGUAUGUAUUUUAACCUACGGUCUUGUUUGAGACUAUAGAUAGGUUCUGUGUGUUAGAUUAGACUUUGUAUAAGCUCUAAUAAAUGUGUGUUAUGUUAAAGCUUUCACUCUGGACAAUAGAACUCUCUUAUUUUAACCAUAUAACAUAUAUGUGAGAUAUUUCAUCUUAAAUAUACAAUUACUUUGUAACAUAUAUAUGUAAUAAUUCACCAGAGAUGUUAUGGGUAAAGUUUUGACUUUUUAUGAUUACUGUCAUUUAUACUCUGACUGUUUGGGCAAAUCCUGGUGGGCUUUUGUACAAAUGUAUUUCUAAACAAUAUUGUGUACAAUAAACCGUGUUACAAAAAUA